AUGGCGGCCCCGUUCACCGCCGAUCCCGCAGCCGCCGCCAAGUAUGCGUUCUUCAGCUGCGCGGCUGGCGUCGUGGCUGUCGCCUCCGCGUACGAGAAGGCGUCGUUGUUAUCCUUUUCCCCCGACGUCCUCUUGCAGCACCUCCUCGCGUCCAAAUGGAGCCUCCUCGUGCUCCUCAACGUGUUUGGGCUCGUGUUAGUGCGACUGUUCCAAGCCAUCGUUCACCGCACACUUGGCUCCCUCGCUCCCAACGAGUGGAAAUAUGUCCGCGAAUCCGCCUUCUCCUUUGUUCUGCUUCGCUGCAUCUUACUCUUCAACGCCAUCGACUGGACCGUCCUCGACAGCCGGCCUCUGCUGCACCUCGUGCUGUGGAUGGCGCUGCUCACCAUCGUCCACACCCUCUUUACAGCCCUCCGUCGUCGCCUUGACACGAUCGGCGCGACGUCGUUGCAGAUAGUGCGCACAACUCUCCUCGUCCUUCUCGUGAGUCUGGGACUCACAGCUCGACUCUCGCUGUACGUGUUUUCGUUUCCAAGCGUCCUGUGCAUCAUUGCAUUAUCGGAAUGCGCGCUGUUGUCUGUCCAAUGGCUCCAACUUGGACUGCAACUCUUCCUCGCGCACACGGCCAAUCGCAGCCACGACGCCAUCACGGCCGCCGCCAUCGCUUCCGACGAGCGCAAAGCGUCCUUGGCAACGGUGUCGCAUAUGGCGUUGGACGUGGUUUCGCUCGUCGCCACCAGCUGCCAGUACGCUUGGCUACGCACGCUGGACAGCGACACGAUGUUCCGGGUGUCGUUCUUAGACUUUGUGCUGAUGUUGCACGCCAGACAAGCGGUCACGGGCAUUCAAAGGCAGUACCAUCAAUGGGCUCGGCUACAUCAAAUCCUCGCUGCUUGCGACUCAACGUACGAGUGUGUGCGCAAGUUGCUCGAGAACGACAAACAUUCUGACCAAUCUCAUGGACGUAGCUUUGCGACUGUAUUACAUUCGACUGACGCCGACGUGCACUGCGUGAUCUGCCUCCAUCGCUUGACCUUGGCCAUGCAGUUGCCUUGUGGCCACACAUUCCACCGGCAUUGUCUGCGACAGUGUUUGCAGACCGUUCAAGCGUCGCCGCACAAGUGCGCCGUGUGCAGACAUCCCAUUGCAAUCAUUGCCAAAACGAGUUUUAGCGGGGACGACGACUCGCUGACUGACGCGCCAUCGUCGUUUCUGUGGCCAGUACAAAGCCACCGCCACUCCCGCGCUAGUUGACCUGGUGCUGUACCCAACAAAACCCCGUACUGUGGUAUCCAAGACGCCAAGUUUGUAUGGGGAAACCCCCCCUCGAAACUCGUUCCAACCAAACUAGCGCGAUCGAUCAAAUUGUUUUCAAUCACGACAAAGCCACCGUUCGUUACAUUGAUACAAAUAUAUAUACUCGGAAUAAUUUAUUAUGAACGAAUACUAUUAACUGUGG